CCGCCACCGCUUUCCAAGGCGGCCUGAUUCCUUUUUCUUACAGCUAGAGAACAGGGGGGAAAAAAAAGAACGAGGGAAGAAAGGCGCUGCAUUGUUCUACCCCGCCUCCAUUUAUUUUCUAUUUGCAAUUUUUUUUAUUGCAAGGAGGCUCGAAGAAGCCCUUGAUUCUCCUCGCCAGAUGAACCUCUCCUCGGCCAGCGAUACAUCUUGACUCCGGAUUUCUCAGGGGAAAAAAAGUGUCCAGCAAGCCUCUGAACAGAGAUAACACAACCCAGGACAUUAACUGGAGACUGGAAUAAUCAGUAACAAUGAUGACAGAGACGGGCCCAGAUUCAGAGGUGAAGAAUGCUCAAGAAGAGAGUCCCCAGCAGCAGCUGGAGGCAGCAGCAACUGGGCCAAACACAGUGAAUGGAAGCUCCACCAACACAGUGCACAAUCAGGAAGCUGACGAUAAUGAGAAACCAGGAGCUCACAGUGAUGCUAAGCAUGGGGAGCGGGGUGUGGACAUGGAUGAAAAAGACUACAGUGAAGCAGAUGGGUUAUCUGAGAAAACUACCCCCAGCAAGACCCAAAAAUCUCCUCAGAAAAUCACCAAAAAACUCAAGAGUGCAAUCUGCAGGGUGACUCUUCUGGAUGCCUCAGACUAUGAGUGUGAAGUGGAGAAACAUGCUCGGGGUCAAGUACUCUUUGACCUGGUCUGUGAGCACCUUAACCUGUUGGAGAAGGAUUACUUUGGACUCACAUUCUGUGAUUCAGAUAGUCAGAAGAAUUGGCUGGAUCCUUCUAAGGAAAUAAAGAAACAGAUUCGCAGUGGCCCCUGGAAUUUUGCCUUCACAGUCAAAUUUUACCCACCAGACCCAGCCCAACUCACAGAGGAUAUCACAAGGUAUUACUUGUGCCUGCAACUCCGAGCAGAUAUCAUCAGUGGACGUCUACCAUGUUCUUUUGUAACACAUGCACUGCUAGGCUCCUAUGCUGUACAAGCUGAACUGGGGGAUUAUGAUACUGAAGAACAUGUUGGCAAUUAUGUUGGUGAACUGCGUUUUGCUCCAAAUCAGACCAGGGAACUGGAAGAGCGUAUUAUGGAGCUACAUAAGACUUACCGGGGCAUGACACCUGGAGAGGCAGAGAUUCACUUCCUGGAGAAUGCCAAGAAACUUUCAAUGUAUGGAGUUGACUUGCAUCAUGCUAAGGAUUCAGAAGGCAUUGACAUCAUGCUGGGUGUUUGUGCCAAUGGCCUUCUCAUAUAUAGGGACAGGCUGAGAAUAAACCGUUUUGCCUGGCCCAAGAUCCUCAAGAUUUCAUACAAAAGAAGUAACUUCUACAUCAAAAUUCGACCUGGUGAGUAUGAGCAGUUUGAGAGCACCAUUGGUUUCAAGCUGCCCAACCAUCGCUCAGCCAAGAGAUUGUGGAAGGUUUGCAUUGAACAUCACACUUUCUUCAGGCUGGUGUCACCUGAGCCUCCUCCAAAAGGCUUCCUAGUAAUGGGCUCCAAAUUCCGCUAUAGUGGGCGAACACAGGCUCAAACUCGACAAGCCAGUGCUUUGAUUGAUCGUCCUGCCCCUUACUUUGAACGCUCCUCCAGCAAACGGUACACCAUGUCUCGCAGCCUCGAUGGAGAAUUCUCCCGCCCAGCUUCAGUCAGUGAGAAUCAUGAUGGAGCAGAGUCAGACAAGAGAGAAGAUGAUAGGUAUGGUGGGAGGACAAGAUCUGAAGAUGAAGAAGUGACUACUCCAACAAAAAUCAAGGAGUUAAAGUUUUUAGACAAACCGGAAGAUGUUUUGCUAAAGCACCAGGCCAGCAUUAAUGAGUUGAAGCGGACUCUGAAGGAACCUAAUAGCAAGCUUGUGCACAGAGACCGGGAUAGAAGGCUGCCUUCCUCACCUGCCUCUUCCUCACCCAAACAUGAGGAUGAGAUGCCAAAGGGGACCCCUGAGAAGACCAAUGAGAUGUCAGAAGAGGAUUCUCCAGAGGAUCUGUCAUCUGAACACGGAGCUGCCUUAAUCAUGGAAUCUUUUAUACAGAAAAGCCUUGUUUCUUCUCCUGAGGGUUCUGAGCAUUGGGUAUUUAUAGAAAGAGAAACUUCUGGGCUGGAAGAGCUAGCAUUAAAACAAAUUAUUAAGACCCAGAAGGAAGAACCAAGUGCAGGUGCCUCAGAAAAGCAAACAGAUUUGGACUUCUCAAAAGAGACCACUGCAAUAGGGGAAGCCAAGGCAGCAACAAAGCAGGAGGUACAAGGAAAUGAGGAAAGCAAAAUAAAGGUUCACAGAAAAGCCAAAAUGAUAGCCAGUCCAGAAGAUUUUGAAUCAUUAUGGGAAGAUGAUGAGUAUGAGAAAGAUUACAGAAAAAAUUCUUCUGAGACAGGAAACCUAACAACUGGGGAAAGAGAAGAGAAAAGCAAUAAAACAGAGCCAGCAGUAUUUGUUUCUUGUGAACCUGAGAAGAGAGAAGAUCAGAAAGACAAAAUGAAGACUGUGGAGGUAGCCUCCAGUGAAAGUAAGCAACCUACUGGCCCGAUCCAAUCUAAAGAAGGACCAAUAUGUGCCUCUUUUCAUCCAGAAUCUCCAAAAGAAGAAAGCAAAAUUAUAAUAAAUGAACAUAGGACUUCUUUGAAAUUAUCAGAAAAGGAAGUUCUUCAGGAUACCUCUGAUUCUGACUCAGUUAAAACUAAGGUGAAACUAAGUGAAAAGACAGUAUCUUCUGCUGCUGCACGGAUCAUCUAUUUGGGUUCUGAAGAAACAGAUGAAACAAAUAAUGCUACCAAGGAAAUUCCUGACCAAAAAAAGAAUUGUGCCUUUGAAAAGAAGCAAGAAAAUCAAACAGAAAAACAGAAGAGCACUAGGCUUGCCCCAGUUAUAGAAAAGAGAGAGGGAGAAAUUGUCCUCCCAUUCAGCCUCUCCACAUAUGGUGAAGGAAUGUCAGAAGUCGGCACAACAAUUAUGCAGCCAGAGCAGUCUGAGAAAGAUACUGUGGAUGACAAAAGCAUACAUUAUAUUAAGCAGUAUUCAAAUGAAAAAGAGGUUCAUUCAUCAAUAUCAGUGAAAGGUGUUUCUAUAGAGUCAAAUGAUUAUGGAAUCAAAGAUGAACAGGAAUACAGUACAUGUUCUUCCACAGAUGAAGUCUGUGAAAGGGAUUCUAUAAUCCCAUUAUCAGUGCCUCAGUUAAAAUCUGGAUCCCCCACAAAAGAGGCAACAGCUUAUCUUUCUUAUGAGCAUGAAAAAGGAGUGGAUGAAACAUAUAACAGCAGUCUUCAAGAAGGUGAAAAAGAAUCUGAAAAAAAGGAGGCUGAUACUGCCAUGGGAGAAGAGAGCAUGAUAUUAACAACUUCAGAAAAACAAAGCAAAAGAACUAAGUUAGACGAAAUGGAAACUUCUCAAAUACUUCUUCAGAUGGAAGCCAUAGAAUGUAUGGACUCCACCAUGGAUUCCUCAUCACAGCAGCUUUUCUGUUCUACAGAAAUUUCAGGUGGAGAACCACAUAAAUCACAAGAAGCAAAGACAGGAAAAUUAGCCCAAGAUAAGACUUAUGAUUCAAGAUGGCCUCUUCAGGACAAGUUAUCAGAAGUUCAAGAAUUAGUCCAAAAUAAAUACAUCAGAUCAGAAGAUUCCACCAAAGAUGACUCAGUUCCUGACUCAGAACUAUCAGCCAAAGAUGAAAGUAUUAAAUUGAAAAUUCCAGCCAUAAACGAACAACAAAUGGAAAAUGCAACCUAUGCUAAUUACAGUGAACUGGAGCAGGUAACAAAAGUUGAGUCUACUCUGUCAGAAGACUCAACUAAAAAUAAACCAUCAGAUUCACACAGUAUAUCAGAAGGGAGAGAAACAGCUAAAUAUGGAUCCUCCAAGGCUGAAGAGUUUGGUAGAAAUGACCCUCAUGAAUUAAAUGGGAAGGCUAAACAUAAACUCCAAGAAUUGGCUGAACUCCCAAAAUUAGAAGAGUUAGCUAAGAAUAAUAUUUCAGAAUGGGAGGACUUGACUAAAAAUAAGCUCUAUGAAGUGGAUGAGCUGACCAAAGAUAAUACCCCAAAGUCAGAGGAUAUCAUUUUAACUUUAAAUCUCAAUGAAGUAGUCCAGGAUACAACCUCUGGCUUGAAACAGCCAUCUAGGGAUAAAACGUUAUCAAAGUCUGGCUCUUUUGGUUCUAAAUCUUCAGAAUUAGAAGAUCAAUUUAUUUUAAAAGAAGAACUUGACACUACACAGUCUGUUAAGACUGGGUCACCAGAAUUGAACAAAGAAUGUUCACAACCUCCUCAUGCUACAGAAGAGGACCUGAAACAGAUACAAACUACAAAUAAUAAACAAAAACUCAAUCUGGAACAAUUCAACCUCAUAGAACAUAGUACAGGCACUACUGCUUCAUCUCAAAAGCAUAAGGACGUAGAUUCACCCACGGAGAGCCAAAAGGAUUUAUUCAAGCAUAGAAGUGCAACAAUUAAAGAAAACUCUGUAGCUUCUAAAAUUAGGAUGUUUGAACAAGGUGAAAUGUAUAGGCUAAUUUCUGAUGAAUCACAUGUAGCCUCAAUAGGAUUCCAUGACAGUUGUCCUGGCAGUAAGAUACCACAAGAGCCAUCAGAUGCAGAACUACACAAAGAUAUAUUUUUAGAAAACAACUCUGCAAAAGUAAUAGUGGCUUCGCAACCUUCAGAUGACAAAACAAAAGACCCUGGAGAAACAUCAGACAUGAUCCAUGUAGCUGUGAAUCAAGGAACAAGUGAGGGAGAACCAUCUCAGCUGUCAUCUUGGAAGGAAGAUAUUUCUGUUGGAUCAGACCAAGGAGGAGAAAGAGAAGCUGAACUGGCUUCUCCUGAUUCUGGCUGUGAAAUCACUUUGGCAGAAGCUGUGAGCAAAUUUCAAGAACCAACUUGGGAAGAAAAGGAUUUGUCAGGCCUAUCAGUAAAAGCCUCUCCGAGAGAAGAGAGUUUAAAGGCUGCUCCUCCAGUGGCCCCUCAGAGAGCGGGAUUGAGGGAGGGCACAGAGGAGAAAUCUAAGCUGCCUCGGCACAGGGCUCCUGAAAGUGAUACCGGGGAUGAGGACCAGGACCAGGAGAGAGACUCGGUCUUCCUGAAGGACAACCAUUUGGCCAUCGAGCGCAAGUGCUCCAGUAUUACUGUCAGCUCAACUUCCAGCCUCGAGGCUGAGGUGGACUUCACUGUCAUUGGCGACUACCAUAGCGCAGCCUUUGAAGAUUUCUCACGGAGUCUCCCUGAGCUUGAUAAGGAAAAGAGCGAGGGAGAAGCAGAGAGUCAGAUUUCCGUUGAGGAAUCUGACAGACCAGCUCCCAAGGAAGAUGGUGAUGCCACAGAUGAAGAUAAGGUUUCUCAUGUAAGCCCAGAAGAGUCCUUCAGUCUGAAAUCAGAAAUUGUGAAAAAAGUGGAAGCAGAUACCUCUGUGCAACAUAGAAUCAGUACAACAGAAAUUACACAGGUUGAUGGUACCCCUACUGAUGGAAAAGAGACAGUAACCCCUUCCCACAUUGUCAGCACAGAAACCAUAUCAACAACCUCAGAUCACGGCACCAAGCCUACAAAGGGCACUGCAGACCUUCGCUCCAUCUCUCCAAUUACCAGUGGUGCUGUUGGGAAAGAAGCCUUCACCAGCCUUUUCGGUGCCACUGCAGAAACCCUCUCCACCUCCACAACUACCCACGUUACUAAGACUGUGAAAGGAGGCUUUUCUGAAACCAGAAUAGAAAAGCGAAUCAUCAUAACAGGAGAUGAAGAUGUGGACCAAGACCAAGCUUUGGCUUUAGCCAUCAAGGAGGCAAAAUUGCAGCAUCCUGAUAUGCUGGUAACCAAAGCUGUAGUAUAUAGAGAAACAGACCCAUCUCCAGAAGAAAAGGACAAGAAACCUCAGGAAUCUUGACCUUUGUGUUUCUAGAAGUUGGCAUCUAUUUUAACUUUGAAGUAAAGAAGGGGCCUUUAUGCUGGAUUCCUCACUGAGAUAUAGAACGUCCUGGCUGCAAGAAUAAUGUUGAGAGACAAAAUAUUAAAUAAAAAGGAAUAGCAAAUAUAUUAUAUAUUAUAUAUACAGGAAACAAAAUGCAUCCUUGCACUGCUGCUAUAUGCUGGAGAUGAAUAAAAAACAGCAACAUCAGCAACAAACAAAACCAACCACCUCUUCAAAUAAAUUGAAGAAUUGACUGAACUGAUCUAAAAAAAUCAUGAUGAUAAUAAUAUUAACAAUACAAUAAACCACCAUUGUGCAUGUUACAUUUAAAGAACACAUAAUUCAUUUGUUGCACACUGAAUGGAAAAGCAAAAAUGCUUUGCAACAAAGCAAGAAAUCAACAAGCAAAACAAGCAGAAUUACAAAAUGAUUCCCUGGUAGGAAAGAAUUAAAAUCCAUUCACUUGUAUAAUUUCUGUUUAUUAUUUUCUGCUUUGGGAUGUGCGGUGAUCAUCCUUUAUCUUCACGCCAUGCUACUUUUGUUGCUUCAUCACUGGAUUCUUUUAUUUUCCCCAAUUGGUCCUUCCUUUUUUAAAUGUUUCCUCUUCUCAUCUAAUGUCGUCUUCUGCUGAAGAUAAUUAUGACUUUAUUUCACUUAAAGCAAAGGAAAAUGAUAUGUAUAUGAUUUCUCACUGAACAAAAUGCAGCCUGUAGAGAUUUCAUAUUGAUGUGCUUUUAAGUUAUGGAUAUUAUAUAUAACUGGGGAGGGUGGGGAAUGAUAUUAAAACAAACAGUGCUAAGUGUGAUAAUGACAUUUUUACACUAUUAUUAUUUGAUUGAUAAUGGUUAAUGUAUUACCAGACUCUUAGAUUAUGCCAAUAUCCCAUGUAAACAAGAAUAGAGGAAAUGAAUUCUGAGGAAGUUGUCUCUCACUUGAUCACUUGAGCAUGUUGACACAAUUGUGAUUGUCACUGGUUGACUAAGGCACAUACAACAAUAUAGAAAGAGUCAAAGACAACAAAAUGGAUCAGUGUUACUGCAGCCCAAUUAGAGUUCCUCAAAUGUGCCAAUUAACAGUGUCUCUUCAUCCUCCAGGCUUAGGAGGAUCACAGGGUCACCACAAGGAAUGAGGUCAAAUCGCUUCAUCAUUCAGGUCCUUUAAAUAUUUAGCUGUCUUUCAGAGCAAAAUGUUUAUCUGUGGCAAAGUUGUUAUAUCCCAUGUCAGUUUUUCAAAAUUAGAAAGUUUGGUUCCAAACCCACUGGUCACAUGGCUCCAUUUUCUGAUCCAUGAAUGUGAGAGCUCACCAAAGGAGCUGAAGAGGCCUCCCUCCCCUCUUACAUGGUCUGAUUUUGUCAGGAUUAGACUUUGGAGACAAUAUCAGGGAAAAAGCAUUCUGAACGAGCACCUCUGCCUUCUUUAAGUACAGUGAUUCUAUAUCAGAACAGGGUUUAUUCAUGGAUAAGCCACACGUGGGUUUCUUGAAGAUGCAUUUAUCUAUCCACAGUAACCUGUGAAGCUUGGGGAACCAAACUACUGAAAGGAGAUACUGCUCAGGAGUAAAGAUACUGUUAAAUAAAACUGCUCUGCCAUUGAUGAAACCUAGACAUUGUCCUUUACCACUUUUCAUUAAGAGUAAUUGAAGCAGAAAGAAAUGAGACAAAUCCAAAUGAAUCAGUUUAUAAAUGUUCUACGCUUCCUUCCACAUAUUGUCAGUUGGAUAAGAAGGACAUCUGUUAUCUCUAAUUGGAAAUAUAAAUAAAAAUGGGAAAUGGUAAUAGUCAUUAGAGUAAUGUGGAUGUAUCUUAUACCAUAAAUUGUUUGCCACUGUAGGAGAUACUGGGCCAUUGCCUGUUGUUAUGGCUCCUUAAAAUUGGAUCUGUUUCUGGCAUGUAGGAAUGUCCUAAUUAAACACUGAAAGCAUAGAUAUAAACUUUAUGCUGUAAGAGUCAUUUCUAAUUUUCAUGCAUCCAAGUGAUUUUCUCCUUUAGAUUUUUUUGAGGAUUAUUUUUGUUUCCUAUUGCUCUUCUGGAACAUGUAAUGCCCUAAAAACCCAAACAUCAAAGAAAGAACACAGAAAAUCAUAAAAUAUGUGCAAAACAAAACCUUGUUCUUCUGAUUUUAAAAACUGAACAAAAUCCAGGGGAAUCUUGUUGGUGUUACAUUUUUUCUCAAUGUUGAAAAAAAUUCUCCCCAAACUCAAUGAUUUCAUUUUUAAUUUCAAAACAAAUUUAGCUCACAAAUUAGGUAUAUAUAAAGUACAUUCUGUUGCUUAUACUAUAUGGUUUGGAAUAAGUGAGUCUGCCACUAAAACCUCUGGAAGCGAAUUGCUUCAAAACCCAUUUGUAGAAGAUCAGAAUCUAACCCUUGUCAAGUAAAGGAAAGCUAAAAUAGAUUUGGAUUCCUCCCACAGCAUGUCUGAUGGGUAGCCAUUAACAAAAACUAGCUUUUUGUUUACCUAGCAAGAUGUGGCUUAUAUAUAGAUAUCUAUAUAAAUAUAUAUAUAAUAUUUAUUAUUUGUGGUAAAGUUGAAGCCAUGCAUACUCUUAAGAUCAUGGUUUCUUCCACCUUCUGCUACAAUCUGAUAUAGUUGGUCACUCUUUGCUUUCUUUGGGUGAGGGGGGCUUUCCAUUGAAAGGGACGGUCAAUGCAACUGCUUGUUUGCAACAAAUCCCGCAAAUUGAUUCUAAAACUGGCCUGCAACUGCAUGAAUUAAAAAGAUUCUUUUUUUUUUUAAUUUGAAAAGCACCUUAACCAACUGAAAUGCUGUCAUUCGUUCAUUAAUUCUUCUGUCCUUCUGCCUCUUCCACCCAUUCCAAUUUUUGUCCCAUCCUUCUCGGUCAUAUCCUCUUUCAGUGCUUGGUGAUGUAUGCGUGUGUGCUCACUGUUCUUGUAUUCAAUAAAAGUGAAAUAAAUGUAUCUGAUGCUCA